CACUCAUCCACUCAUUCCGCUUCCACGUGUCAACCAGAGGCCCCCACCGGCGGAAACCCGAACCACCGCACAAAAUAAGAUACGAUCCGCUUUUUCUCCCUCCCACCGCGCUGUUUUCUUUAUAUCCGAUUCCGUCAUCGCUCUGCUCCACCGCCCGCCACCACGCCCUAUAAUUACGCCACCACCACCGCCUUUCAGUUUCUCAUUCCUCUCUCUCUCUCUCUGGCUUUCGUCUUCCUUUCCUCUCUCCUCUUUCCUCCACAAUUCCGGUGCGGCCACCGCUUCUUUCUCCGCCGGUCAGAAACAUGCUGAGGAAUUCCGUGCUCUGAUUCUUUUCUUUCCCGGCUGGCUCACUUCGAUUCGUUUCCGAAUCGGACGAUUCCGGUUCCAGUGGAUUCGGAUCUGGUGAUACAGCGAUGUCAAGUCCAUUGGAGCGCCUCGCUAUACCAUGCUUCGAUGGAUCGUCAGGGAACGACGAGAAGAGAGAGAGGCGUUCGGAUUGGGAGAAUUCGGAGGAGGAGAGGAAGACUAGGAUGGGGAGUUUGAAGAAGAAGGCAAUCAAGGCGUCGAGCAAAUUCAGGCGUUCUCUCAAGAAGAACAAGAGCAAGAAGAAAGGGCGUGACCAUGGCGAGGAAGGAGGCACUUCCUACUCCGCCGCCGCAGCAGCGAUUGAGGAUGUCUGGAAGGCCGACGAGCUCAAGGCAGUGAAGUCCUUCAGACAGAUUCUCGUCGCCGAUGAUUUGCUUCCUCCUCAGCACGACGAUUGCCAUACGUUGCUUAGAUUUCUGAAGGCAAGGAAGUUUGAUGUCGAGAAAGCCAAGCAAAUGUGGAGCAAUAUGAUACAGUGGAGGAAAGAGUUCGGCACCGACACAAUCAUGGAGGAUUUUGAGUACAACGAGCUGGACCAAGUGUUGGAUUACUACCCACAAGGAUACCAUGGAGUGGAUAAAGAUGGGAGGCCUAUCUACAUUGAGAGGCUGGGAAAAGUUGAACCCAGUAAACUAAUGGAGGUCACUAGCCUAGAACGAUACGUGAGAUACCAUGUGAUGGAGUUCGAGAAGACUUUAAAUAUCAAGUUUCCAGCCUGCUCGGUUGCUGCCAGGAGGCGCAUUCAGUCGAGCACAGCUAUCUUGGAUGUCCAAGGAGUGGGUUUGAAAAACCUAACUAAGUCUGCUCGAGAGCUCAUCACGCAGCUGCAAAAGAUUGAUGCUGAUAACUACCCUGAGACUCUUGGGAGAAUGUUUGUAAUCAAUGCUGGUCCUGGGUUUAAGCUACUCUGGAGCACAGUCAAGUCUUUCCUUGAUCCUGAUACUGUGUCAAAGAUUCAUGUUCUUGGUUACAAGUACCAGAGCAAAUUACUUGAAAUGGUAGAAUCAAGUGAAUUGCCCGAAUUCUUAGGCGGUACCUGUACUUGUGCUGGUGAGGGAGGUUGCUUGAGAUCAGGAAAGGGACCAUGGAAAGACCCCGACAUCCUUAAGAUGGUUGUAAAUGGUGAUGCAUUAAAUACCAGACAAGUAUUAACAAUUUUGGAUAGUAACGGCAAGGUUAUUGCUCGAGAAAAGCAACAUUAUUCAUCGAUGAAGAUGAAGACAAGUGAUACUUCAGCUGGUGAGUCGGGGUCUGAAGUUGAGGAUAUUGCCUCUCCAAAUCAAACUAAUAAGAAGCACUUGGUUCCGCGGUUGACACCAGUCUCUGAAGAAGCUAGAGUUGCCGGCAAGGCGAGCACUGCUGGUGGCAUCUCUGAAAUCGACGAAUAUGUGCCCAUGAUUGAUAAGACUGUCGACUCAGAAUGCGAGAGACAACUAUCUUCAUCAGAACAAGAUGUAUCAUCGGCCGCUGAAAGGAGAGAGAAGGGUCCCGGAAUCUUGGAUAGAAUCUGGGCUGUGCUCUUCGCAUUAUUCCUAGCUCUUCUUGCUUUCUUUCAUUUUCCAACAUAUCCAACGAGGAACAAUGGCGGCGUUGUAUCUGAUGCUGAAGCUUCAGUUCUUGCCCUCAUCUCAGCGGUAUCGAGAAGGCUGGCCGAAAUUGAGCAGAAGGUCGACAUGCUGCAGGCCAAACCUCUUCAAAUGCCCAGCGAGAAAGAGGAGUUGUUGAAUGCUGCUGUUUGUCGCGUUGAUGGACUUGAAGCAGAGCUAAUUGCCACCAAGAAGGCUCUGCAUGAAGCUCUAAUCAGGCAAGAAGAACUUCUUGCCUAUGUCGAUAAUCUCGAACAAGCCAAGUUCAAGAGGAGGAAGUUUUGCUGUUGAAGAAGAAGAGAAAUCGGUGUACAGAAGGAAAAGAACUUCAAUCAACACAAAUCAUAGUUACCACACGUUAUCAUAUGUGAAAGAGAGAAUCCUGUUGAGAAACUUUGUAAAGAAGGAUGCCUUUAGAGCCUUCGUUUUUCACUAAGAAAUCGCUCCUCCCUAGAUCCUGAAUAAAACGAAAGCCAAAAU